AUGGGACGGGGGUUGGGCGGGCAGCUGCCUCGUAGGGUCUCAGGCGGCAUAUGUGGCGUCGCGGCUGGGCACUCUGAAAGUGAAGAACAAGCAGGUGGAUUCGAGGUACAGGUUUCAAGGGGGGAGAGAGAGGAAAAACAGCAGCGGGGAAAAGAGAGUGGGGAGGAGGAAAAUGCCUGCGAGGAAAAAGGGAACUGGGUCCCCCUCCGUGAUGUAAUAGCUUUGUUCUAG